AUGCUCGUUGAGCUCAAGAACGGCGAGACGCUGAACGGCCAUCUGGUCAAUUGCGACAACUGGAUGAACUUGACCUUGAAGGAGGUUGUGCAAACGAGCCCCGAUGGAGACCGCUUCUGGAGGCUACCCGAAGUCUACAUCCGUGGCAACAACAUCAAGUACCUGCGCGUGCCCGACGAGAUUAUCGACUUGGUGAAGGAGCAACAACAGCGUGACCAGGCCAACCGUGGCGGCCGUGGCGGUGGUCACCAACGUGGAGACCACGGCGGACGUGGCGAUAGAGGCCGGGGAAUGGGCCGCGGAGGUCGUGGUGGCCGUGGCCGCGGCCGUGGCGCAUGA